AUGAUUAUCCUCCCAGACUGGGAGGCUCGGAUUGACAGCCAUGGUAGGAUCUUCUUUGUGGAUCACGUAAACAGAACCACUACAUGGCAGCGUCCCACCGGACCCCCGGCGCCACAGGGCCUCACCCGCUCCAACUCCAUCCAGCAGAUGGAGCAACUCAACCGCAGGUACCAGAGCAUCAGGAGGACCAUCACCAACAGCGACCGGCCAGAGGAGAACCCGGUGGACCUGCCUCCUGAACCAGAGAGUGAAUUGAUGCCUCACUCCAUUACGGAAUACCGGCGAGAAAGUGCAGUGGCUCACUCCAGCGGCCGCUCGCGGCUCUCCCUGCUGCUCCAGUCCCCCAGUGCCAAGUUCCUGUGCAGCCCCGAUUUCUUCACCGUGCUGCAUUCUAACCCUAGUGCCUACCGCAUGUUUACGAGCAACACCUGCCUGAAGCACAUGAUCAGCAAGGUGCGCCGGGACGCUCACUACUUUGAACGCUACCAGCACAACCGUGACCUUGUCACCUUCCUCAACAUGUUCUCCAACAAGCAGCUGGAGCUCCCCCGGGGCUGGGAGAUGAAGCACGACCAAACUGGGAAGGCCUUCUUUGUGGACCACAACUGUCGCUCUACGACCUUCAUUGACCCCCGGCUCCCCCUCCAGAGUUCUCGCUCCACUGGGCUGUUGGCCCACCGCCAGCACCUGAGCCGCCAGCGCAGCCACAGUGCUGGGGAGGUGAGAGACUGCACCACCAGUCACCUGGAGUCAACUUAA